CUGAAGGUAAGCAGUUGGGAUUUUAGUAAGUUUCGUUGCGCAGUAGCCGUGCAAUCAAGAGUCGUCCUCUAGCGAUUCAAGGAGGCUCCGCCCAUACAGAGUACGUCGAGUUUGAGUAUGAAGGGUUUCACACUAGUUUGGCUGAUGAUAUCGAUCUUUGUUGAUCGGACACUAUCUCAAGUACCAAGUGUAGGCCCAACCGUAACGCGUACUCCAUCGGAAAGUUUCACACAAGCGCAAACGUUUACUUUUUCCAUCUCAGGCAAGUCGAGUGAUUCAUCUUAUUCCGCCUAUGGAUGUCAAGUUGAUAAUGCAGGAAGAGCUCCUUGCUCUGUAACAUUUGAGCAAACUCAACCCCUGUCAGAAGGACAGCACUCAUUCACUGCAUUUUUCUAUAAUCCAACUACAAAACAAUAUAAAGAUCCUACAAAAGUCACAUGGACAAUUGAUAAAUCUCCACCUAACAUCCAGUUCAUCGAUCCAACCUUUGAUGGGUCAAAGCAAAAGGACAUCAACAAAGCCGUCAGUUAUCGUGUUACAUCAUCUGAGAACAUGGGUACUUAUGUAUGUGUUCUUAUGAGACUGACAAGUCCUGCAAAGAAUACUAGUGUCUUGUGCUCUGGGAAAGGAACAACUGGUGGAUCUGCCACUCUUAAUAAUUUGAUGAUACCUGGUCAGGACAUACUGUACAAGCUAGUUGUCACAGUAAGCUAUCAAACAGUCUGAAAUAUUGAGAUGAG